UAUUUAUAGUUGGGAUAACAUUUUUCUUUCUCAUUUCCGAGUUUGGUAUCGGUAUACUGAAGUAUUACCGGUUAAUGAAAUGAAUGUACGUUGUGUUUUCGUUUUGGCUUUAAGCGUUGCAUUUUCUAAUGCUGGAAUCAUCAAUGAACAUUACUCAGGAGGAUAUGGACAGGAACAUGGAGGGGGCUCAAUUAUCGAUAAAGCAAUUGGUGCAUGGAACUCCGGUAUUUCUUCAAUAUUAAGUCCCGAAAAUUCCGCAGGCCAUUCAUUCGAAGCACAGCCGGUAGCUCACUACGACUCAGAUGACUCAUGUGACACGGAUAUUUCUUCACCUGUCGUUGAAUCUGCAGCACUUGCAAAUUCCGGGUCUAUUGAAGUCGCAGAUGAUUCGGCUAAUAAAGAAGUAUCACCAGUUGAAACGCAACCAAUAGUUAAUUACGAAUCAGGAUCAUACGACAAAGAAAUUUCACCAGCAGUAGAUGCUGGUCCUGCUGUAUAUAAUUCUAUUGAUGUAACAGAUAACUCUAAUAACAUUGUAAUAUCACCCUCUAGUUAUGAGUCAGUAGAGCAAGUCGAGUUUCCACAACCCCAUUACACUUCGGUGGGAUCAGUAGCAGAAUCAAAUUACGAAUCAUCAAAUUACUACCAAUCAAUACAGCAAGACACAAAAGAGUCGUAUUCAUCAUACUCAGCCGUACCAGUAGUACAAGAAUCUAGUUACGCACCAAUUGCAGUAGAGCAACCUGCUUCAGUUGAAGUGGCAACAGUAGCACAAACGAUAUAUAAUUAUGUGCCAACCGAAUCAGUACAAAUAUAUCACCCUGAGUUUAGUCCAGUAGCACCAGCAGUAGAAGCAGUAACUAGUUAUGAAUCAGUAGAGUCAGUACCGGUAUAUCAACAGGAUUCAGUUGCAAUUCAACCCGAUACGAGUUACGAUAAUUCAGUACCAAUUAUAAUUCCAAUAACACAAAACAUUUCAGUAAACCCAGUAACAUAUAUUACACAAGAAAAAGAAGCAGAAGCUUCACCAGAAGUUGUAUAUGUGACAGAACCUGUAUAUAUAACAGAACCUGUAUAUGUGACAGAACCUGUAUAUGUGACAGAAACUGUAUAUGUGACCGAGCCUGUAUACGUGCCAGAGCCUGUAUAUGUGACAGAAACUGUAUAUGUAACUGAACCUGUAUAUAUAACAGAACCUGUAUAUGUGACAGAACCUGUAUAUGUGACAGAAACUGUACAUGUGACUGAGCCUGUAUACGUGCCAGAGCCUGUAUAUGUGACAGAAACUGUAUAUGUAACUGAACCUGUAUAUGUGACAGUACCUGUGUACGUAACAGAAGCUGAAUGUGAACCAGAGAUACCUGUUGUAGCUACAACACAGUCAGUUGUUGUAGUAGAGCCUGUUGAGACGAUAACUGAAGCUCCCUGUGAUACUGAGCCGGUAUAUGUGACAGAACCUGUAUAUGUAACAGAAGCUGCUCUACCUGCAACUGAGCAGGUUUCCAUACUGCCUGUUGAGUCGGUAACUGAAUGUGAACCAGAGAUACCUGUUGUAGCUACAACACAGUCAGUUGUUGUACAGCCUGUUGAGCCUGUAACUGAAACUCCCUGUGAUACAGAAGCGUAGGCUGUCCCUAUCGAGCCAUGUGACUCCGAUUGCUAAAAUUAUUUGAAUUAUCUUGUCAUAUAUAAAUUAUUGUUUAAUAUGUAAUAUAAAAUUUUAAAUAUAUAUUAUAUAUUGAAGUAAAACUGCGUUAUAAAAUUGAUAGUAAUAAUUUGGAUCUAUCAUAAGUAGUAUAUAAUUAAAUUUAACACAUUAUACUUUAUUUUAUAUAUUUACUCUAUAAUAUAAUUGCAAUUAAGCAAAAGUUAUAAAUAUUUAUAUAGCAUAACUUUAAAAAGGAUAGGUACAUCAGUUAUUUAGUCUUAUAUUUAUAUGAUUUAAUAUUAUUAA